UCCUCUCUCUGGCCACACAGGGAAAGGCGAGGGCCGGAGCCCAAGAGGAAGCCUCAGAGAGGACCAGGAACCAGGACACACCUCAGCCAUCCUGUGAGGGGCAGCCCAGUGGAGACUUCCAGCCGCCCUGGAGGUCCUUGCACCGAAGACACUUCACCUACCCCAGGGAGAGAAGCAGAAAGGCACUUCGCCACUGUCUCCAUCAGUGCUGUUGAACUCAAAUACUGCCAUGGGUGGAGGCCAGCAGGGCAGCGUGUCCCUAGCAAGACAGCGACUGGGCAACGCACCUGUGCCAAACCCUGCCAGAAGCCCAGCACGUCCAAGGUGAUCCUGAGGGCUGUGGCAGACAAGGGGACCUGCAAGUAUGUGUCCCUGGCCACCCUGAAGAAGGCUGUUUCCACCACGGGCUACGACAUGGCCCGAAAUGCCUAUCACUUCAAGCGUGUGUUCAAGGGGCUGGUGGACAAGGGCUCAGCAGGUGACCAGCAGGGGGGCCUCGGCUCCUUCACCCUGGGCAAGAAGCAGGCCUCCAAGUCCAAGCUCAAGGUCAAGAGGCAACGACAGCAGAGGUGGCGCUCUGGGCAGCGCCCCUUUGGACAGCACAGGUCACUACUGGGCUCCAAACAGGGGCACAAGCGGCUUAUCAAGGGGGUUCGAAGGGUGGCCAAGUGCCACUGCAAUUAAUGAGGCAGGCCAGGCAAGCAGUCAGGGGUGCCAAGACCGCCAUUGGCUCAGUGCAGUGGGAAUAAAAGGAACCUAACUUAUUUCA